AUCUUCGUCAAGACCCUCACUGGCAAGACCAUCACCCUGGAGGUGGAGCCCAGCGACACCAUUGAAAAUGUCAAGGCCAAAAUCCAGGACAAGGAAGGCAUUCCCCCUGACCAGCAGCGUCUGAUCUUUGCUGGCAAGCAGCUUGAAGACGGUCGCACCCUCUCUGACUACAACAUCCAGAAGGAGUCCACCCUCCACCUUGUCCUGCGUCUGAGGGGAGGCAUGCAGAUCUUCGUCAAGACCCUCACCGGUAAGACCAUCACUCUGGAGGUCGAGCCCAGUGACACCAUUGAGAACGUGAAGGCCAAAAUCCAGGAUAAAGAGGGCAUCCCUCCCGACCAGCAGCGUCUGAUCUUUGCUGGCAAGCAGCUUGAGGAUGGACGCACCCUCUCUGACUACAACAUCCAGAAGGAGUCCACCCUCCACCUUGUCCUGCGUCUCCGUGGUGGUAUGCAGAUCUUUGUCAAGACCCUCACCGGUAAGACCAUCACCCUGGAGGUGGAGCCCAGUGACACCAUUGAGAACGUCAAGGCCAAAAUCCAGGACAAAGAGGGCAUCCCUCCCGACCAGCAGCGUCUGAUCUUUGCUGGCAAGCAGCUGGAAGACGGUCGCACCCUCUCUGACUACAACAUCCAGAAGGAGUCCACCCUCCACCUGGUGCUGCGUCUGAGGGGAGGCAUGCAGAUCUUCGUCAAGACCCUCACCGGUAAG